CUGGUGCCAAAGACGUGGAAACCUAGUGGGUUUAUCCCUUUUCUCUUCUUAAAGAAAAUAUUCCAGCGAGCUGGGAGGUAGGUCUCAACCCAAGACUAUGGAUAAUAGUGUUAUAUCGUUUUCGCCACGAGGAUCUAGCUGUGAUUACAACCCGGGAUAUCUCUAUUGUGUGAUUUCCUGUGGAUCUCUCCCAAUAAGUGUCGACUCUGGGCAGUCCCUCACACUGCACUACCCUACCCCCUCGGCCUCUCGCGCCAAUCAAAAUGCAGGUGGCAUCGCAGAUGAGCCAUGCCCGGGUCAUCAUAUUACUUAAAUAUCAAGCUUUCUACUUCUCGAUACAAAUUCCAUGAGAGAGCAAGCUCGAAAUCACUUGCGAUCCAAGAUGUCCAAGAUUGUCCCAGACAAGUCAGAAUCUAGGAGCGAUCCCACCCAAAAAUCAGAUGAAACGCUUCAAUAUGGGGAAGUAACGACUUUUGGGGACCCACUUCCAGCAAAACAUGCAACAUUUGUUUCUGCUACCUCUGACUCGGAUGAAGAUGGAUCAGCCUUUGCGAAAAAUCCUUUUCUAGACCCGGAUGUAGCAGACCACUGGACUAGAAUCUACGAAAAGUCGCAGUACGAAUGUCGACAUGUUUUCGAUCCUAACUUGUCUUGGACCGAGGAGGAAGAACGGCGAUUAGUCCGACGGCUGGACUGGCGAGUUUGUCUUUGGGCUGUAGGUUUGAGUUUCUGAAAUCUGUGAGGCCAUUGUUGACAUCGUUCCAGUGCGUCAUGUUUUUCGGUCUACAAGUCGAUCGUGGAAACUUAGUACAGGCUGUUGCGGAUAAUCUGUUGAAUGACUUAAAUUUGACUACAGAUGGUACGUUCACAAAAACACUCCUUUCAAUGAGGAAGUACCCAGGACUAAUAUUUGUCAGAGUACAAUUUGGGUAACAACAUCUUUCUCUUCUCGUUCUUAUUGGCCGAGCUGCCUUCGCAAUUGGUUUCAAAGAAGAUUGGACCUGAUAGAUGGAUUCCAAUGCAAAUAUCUCUCUGGUCGAUAGUUGCGAUGUCUCAAUGUGCGAUACAGGGCAAAUCUGGAUUCUAUGCUACACGAAGUAUGCUGGGUCUUCUUGAGGUAGGUCCAAUCGCGUCAACUCCGAGCCUGGUACAUCAGUACUCACCAAUUAUCAGGGCGGGUUCAUCCCAGACAUCGUAUUAUGGUUAUCAUACUUCUAUACGUCCAAAGAACUUCCUGUUCGACUCAGCUUUUUCUGGACUACACUUUCCGCGACCACUAUCAUUACAUCGAUUCUUGCCUAUGCUUUACUUCACAUGAGAGGUGUAUCGGGAUGGGCAGGAUGGCGUUGGCUUUUCCUGAUUGAGGGCUUGAUUACUUUGCUAGUUGGCCUUUCUUCAUUCUUUAUGAUGCCAGCAUCGGCAGUGCAGACAAAAACAUGGUUCCGGCCCAAAGGCUGGUUUACUGAUCGUGAAAUCUCAAUCGUCGUCAACCGAGUCCUUCGAGAUGACCCCUCAAAAGGCGAUAUGCACAACCGACAAGCCAUUACACCAAAGAGACUUUGGAAUGCAGCGAAGGAUUACGAUCUUUGGCCGUUGUACGCUAUUGGACUGAUUGCAUAUAUUCCUCAACAGCCACCUUCUUCAUACAUUUCCCUCACCUUGAGGAAUCUGGGAUUCAGCACGUUCAACACCAGCUUAUUGACAAUUCCUUAUUCAGUCUUUCACAUCAUUACGCUACUUCUCCUCACCCAGCUAUCCGAACGCACCAAUGAAAGAACCCUGGUCUCCAUGAUACAGCCACUCUGGACCCUGCCUUGCAUCAUCGCACUUCGCUUCUGGCCUGGUUCAGGAGUACAAGCCUGGAAUACCUAUGCACUGGUCACCGUGCUCCUCUCCUAUCCCUACUGCCACGCCAUUCUCGUAGCAUGGACAUCCAAAAACUCCAACAACGUCGGCACUCGUUCCGUUUCCUCUGCGCUCUACAACAUGGCAGUACAACUUGGAAAUAUUUGUGGAAACUUCAUCUAUAGAACAGAUGAUAAACCGCUAUAUCAUCGCGGAAACACACAAUUGAUUAUCGUUAAUAUUGCAGCUAUUGUGGUGUUUCUACUUACGAAAGUGUAUUAUGUGAUGAGGAAUAAGCAGAGAGAUAAGGUUUGGAAUGCUAUGACGGCGGAGGAACAGCAGGCUUAUAAGAGGAAUGCAACGGUGACAGGGAGUAAGAGGUUGGAUUUUAGAUUUGCACAUUAGAUGCGCUGCGAUGUUAGAUACUCUAGUCUCAGGAAGAGACUGUAUUUAAGGUUAUAUAGAUAAUUGCAUCCUUUCGAUAUUGGAUAUUUAUACUAAAGCUUAAUUUUCCAAA